AAUCAAUAUUGAAUUUACUGCUGGCUGGCAUUGUUACAAAAUUCAAGUUUUAAGCCUAUUAGGCAAUGAACAAUCCAUGGCGCGAAAUCGGCUUUGUCAGCAAGCAAAGGCCAAAGAAGCAUGUGAAAAUCAUUAAGAUCAAGAAACGCAUUGCCAAAUCGAAGAAAGUCUUCAAGCAAAGGCAAAAUGAAUUGAUACAACUUCAUUUGAGGAAUCGCAUCAAGCUUUUAAUUAUCGAAUAUCUCGAGCAAAGAUUGGCAGAUAAGCACAAUAAGAAAAGGAUUCAGAAAACCGUAAAGUAACUUCAACCUCAGUUAUGUGAUGAAAAUUAACGUAAUUUUAAUGACUUCAAGUCGAAAGUUAUUAUGAAGAUAUUACCAGAUAAGAAUUGAUAGAUAGAUAAUCUUAAAAUUACUGCCCAUUGGAUAUCGAAAAAUGUUACAUAGUAAAUUAGACAAUUUUCAAAUCAAAAGCGAGCAUAAACAAGAUUAAAAGUAAAAUAAAUUUCCAUUGUUUGCUACCGCAUUGAGAUGAUUAAAAUUUGAAAUACUCUCGUUGGCCGACGACCACAAAAUCAUUUUCAAACUGAGCUCAAUAAAAAUCAAAGCCACUGAAGAAUCAUCAUCGCAUUGAAUGCUGGGAAUCGGAGCCGAAUGAUAACUUGCACAGCAUUAAUAAAUAUUUACAGGCACGUCGCGUCCUCUUCAAUGGAAUGGCCUACUGGGCAGUUCGAGUCUCAGUUCUGGCAAUGAAAUCAAAUCAAAUAUGCGCGCUGACGCUUUAUAUAUCGCACCGAAAAGGCAUCUAGCAGCAUCGUUCGCUUUUGGUGUGCUCACAAGAAUUUAAAUCAUCCGACUUACAUGCUACUUACAAGCCAAAGCGCCUAUAUGUAUGCCCCAUAAAAUGCGAGCACGACCGAGUGCAGAAUGGGCAAGUGGAAAAAUGUUAGACAUCACUGACCAAAAUAAAGUUCGCAAAUAAUGUAUUCUGCACAUUUCUGAAAACAGAAUGAUUAUACCAGAAGUUUAUUAUCAGACUAAGAUAAUAACUUCUGGCCUAAUAAUUCCAAUUUUAGAAUAAC